UUUCCCGGUGUGCCUGCCUUAUGUGCUACAGCUCCUCCAAGCAAGCAGCUCUCGGAUAACCCUUGUGGGCACAGUUGGCUUGCAGCCAGGUCUGUGUCCCUGUUUAGGCCCCCCCACCCCAAGUAAGUUAUUUCAGAAUCGGAUGUCCACAUGUGCUGUGGCGUCCUGGGAGUUGUGUAGCAGCAAGCUCCCUCCAUGUCGAGCACGGUACAAGUUAACAAAGGCAGGGCGGGAUCUCUUCUCCCCUCCUCCAGUGACAUCACGAGCCAGCCUGUUCUGGGCAACUGUUCAGCUCAGCCAUGUCCGUGACUUCCCUUGUUCCCACCACCGGGCUGGUCUGGGCGCCACAUUCCAGGGGCAGCGUCCUCAGGAGGACGGGGACAAGUUCUGGAGGAUGCCAGAGUGCUACAUUCGCGGCAGCACCAUCAAGUAUCUGCGCAUCCCGGACGAGAUCAUCGACAUGGUGAAGGAGGAGGUGGUGUCCAAGGGCAGGGGCCGCGGUGGGUUGCAGCAGCAGAAGCAGCAGAAGGGCCGUGGAGCUGGAGGCACGGGGCGAGGUGUGUUCGGAGGCCGCGGCCGAGGGAUUCCAGGCAGCGGCCGAGGGCAGCAGGAAAAGAAGCCAGGCAGGCAGUCUGCAAAGCAGUGAGCAGCUGCUUGUACCCUGCCCAGGGACAGUGCUGGGAGCCUGGCUGGCUUGUCAUCGCAGGGCUGCAAGGGUUCAGAGGUGUUGGAUCCUUAGCCUGCUGUUAGUCAGCUGAAUGGCACCUGAAUCGCAGCACAUCAUGUGAGCCCCUUCCACCCUAGUCUGCUGGAAGACCUAGGUUCAUUUGUACUUUUUUUUUCCUCUCUCUUUUUUUCUAGCCAGUGACUCCAUAAUUGGAAGUAUUUGCAUUCCUCUUUCCGCCGACAGAGGCAUGGGCCACGGCUCUCCAGAGAAGAGCCAAGGGCUGGUUAAUUCUUUGGGAUCUUGAGUUUUAAUAAACAAAUGUCCCUCGCGCUGUUCUCA